CUCCGGGCCGUGUGAAUAUGUCAACAUGAUCAGAGGGGAGGGAGCAAGGCAGCGCCGGGGAGGGCGGCCGGGAGCACCCGCCUCUAGGGGGGGGUGCUGGGGGCCGCCUCGCCCCCCGGCCCCGGCGAGAUGGCAGCCUGGGCAUUUCCAGUGCGCUCUCCUCCGGCCGCCUUCCCCGGCCACUCGGCUGGCACCGGCGCCGAGAGGGUUACGCUCCCACACCCCUCCUCUUCCAUGAGGUGCGCGGGGAGGAGACGGGAAGUGCGGCUUUCCCUGCGCCCGGGCCGGGGCAGCGCCGGGGCGGGGAGGGGGGGCCCAUCCCCGGGUUACCCCCUUGCCCGGGCUCGCAUGGAACCAGCCACCCCCACCACACACACACCCCCGGGGAAGGCAUCACGCAGCCCACAACAAACGCCCGGCGGCUUCGAGAAGUUUGCGGCAAUUUGCCCCAACCGGGCCGCCGUUUUCUCCCGGGAACCAGGAGGUGCCCGCGGGCUCCCGCAGGACAAGCGCAGCCGCUCCCAGCCCCGCCGCGCCCCGGCCCCCGCGCCCGCCCCGCCGGUGCGCGCCGUCGGCGCCGCGGCAGAGGCCGGAGUCGCUGUCGCCCUCCGCGCCUGCCCCGCACCUUGCACCGCGCUCGGCACCCACCCGCGCAGCGGCCCGCGUAGGAAAAUAAAAUGUUUGCCGCUUAUGAUUUCCAAUUUCGGCGUCUGGCUAAUGGCGUGCAAACUUCCGCCAGUUCCGAGUGACCUCCCCGACGAAGCCCCCUGGAGACUCGUAUUAUGAAGGGAGGCUGCACUAAUCUAAGAUCAAAAGCGGGAAGGUGCGAACAGUCUUUGUCUCCCUUCGGCCGCCUCAUUCCCCCUUCUGUGUGUGAUAAAUCUACCCU